CCAAUGAGAAGCUGGCUCUCUUCAUCAGUCGUUGUGACCUCAGUAUUCAGAUUUCCUUCAUUUCAAUUUCUUCUGUGACGUUUCGCUGACGUCACGUCCUGAACAAAUCAAACAUUCCAUCCGCUAAUUGUUAGCAUAUAAAACUUUUCCUGCAAGUCUGGAGACUCAGACUCAGCAGAUUAAAACUGGAUUGAGUCUUUUGAAGACGGGUUAAGCUUUUAAAGGUUUCUCUCCCCAUUAAAACCGGUGCAAGUCCCCCCUCCUCCUUUAAUCUGCCCUGCUCUGUAACAUCUGUCCCCGUCUCUGCACGUCCUCCUCUCAGUGAAUGAUCCGCCUGCUGUUGCUGCUGCAACUGAUGCUGAUCCUCAACACAACCGGCAGAAAACGUUUCUUCUAAAAAAAAAAAAAAACCUGACGCUCCUUUUUCCUGCUGAGGAAUCGUCCGUCUCUGAGCAGGAUCAGGUGCAGCAGGUGAAUGGCGGCGUUCUGCAGCAGAGACUCUGUCAGAUCUUCAGAUGCGGAGAACUUGGUUUGCACGCUCAGUUCAUCUGAGGGAGUAGAAAACCCUCCUGACAUAAAGGUCCACUGCAGACCUGGAGGCGAUGAAAAGGUUCAUUCAAAGAUCUCCGGGUAUCAGACGGCUCUCCACCGCAGCGCCAUGGUGGGGAACAGCGAGACCACAGCCGCUCUGAUCGCUGGAGGCUGCGCUGUGGACCUGCAGGACCCACUUGGAAACACGGCGCUCCAUGAGGCGUCCUGGCACGGAUUCACACAGUGUGUCAAACUGCUCGUUAAGGCUGGCGCUGACGUGCGCGUCAAGAACAAGGCAGGAAACUCGGCGCUUCACCUGGCCUGCCAGAACGCACACGCUCCCACUGCUCAGCUCCUGCUGCUCGGAGGUUCAAAUCCCGACGCCAAGAACAAGGUGGGCGAUACCUGUCUGCAUGUGGCUGCUCGCUACAACAACCUGAACCUGCUGAAGAUCCUGCUGAGGUCGCGCUGCCGCUUGAAUGAGACCAACCAGGUUGGAGACACAGCUCUUCACGUCGCAGCAGCUCUGAACCACAGGAAAGCUGUUCAGCUUUUACUGUCAGCCGGUCUGGAUGUGAGAGUCCGGAACAACGCAGGAAAAACAGUGCUGGAUAAAGCCAGAGAGCAGCAGAGCAAACAGGUGGUUCUGCUGCUCUCCAAAGUUCCUCAGGUACGUUACAUGAGGAGAAAGACGAUGUGGAAGCCCAGACUGAGAGCGCCGACUCGACCCGCCAAAGCCGGCGCCUUGAAGAUGGAGCAAACAGAACCCAGAUCAGACGGUAAGGAACUGGAUGCAGAAGAUCUCACCUCAGGAACGAAACACAAUAAAUCGCAGAAGGACGAGUUCUGGGGUGAAGGUGGAAAAACGUUUCAGCUGUACACUCUGUACAGAGACAGGGAGGGCAGAGUUCAGCAGGCUCCUGCCAGCGGCUGCAUCUGCGAGUCUCUCAUAAAGAAGCUGCAGGGCGAUCUGAUGACCACAGAGCAGGAGCUGAGGCUGCAGAUCCUGAAUGUCCAGGAGGAGCUGCACGGCCAGAUGGACAGGAUGGAGCGCCGCAACAAACACCAGCUCAGGAAGUUGGAGAUGUUGAUCCAGGAGAAAGCAGCGUCUGAGAGGAGGAGCCUUACAUCCAGGAUGGAGCAGAGAGCAGCACUGGACCGAGCAGAAGCUCUGAGGAACCAGGACUCUCUGAGAUACGAACUGAAGAGCUGGUGUCUGUCUCUGCUGGAGGACUUGGACAUCUCAGUUCCAGCUGAGACCGUUUACCAGAACCUGCUGCUGUCUCCGUCCGCAGCAGAAACGGACCUGGAGUCGGUGCCGCUGCUGUUUUCUGGAGACAGCAGCCCCUCUGUGUCCGCCAGCACCCUGAGACCCAGAGGAUCUGAGAGCUUGAGGCUGGCCGAACCGACCGGGGGCAGGACCUACUUUGAGAUGAAGAUGGACAGGUGUGCAGAUUACACCGAGGAACGCUCCAGCAGCACCAGCAACGGCCCACAGGAAGAGGUCUGGGGCCCCAAAAACGACACCGUGGUUCUGGAGUUCCUCAUGGACCGACCUGCUGAGCCCACAUUCGUUCAGGAGAGGAAACACCUGCACGCCAUAGAGGUGACUCAGCAGUUCUUUGACACUGUAUCGGCUCAGCUGGAGCGCUGGUGCUCCAGGAAGAUCCUGGAGGUGGAGUUCCAGUCGGAGCUCAGGGCCCGGGCGGAGAGGAAGGAGAUGCUGCAGCGAAUCAGAGAGCUGGAGGAGGAGCUUCACCAGAUGCAGACCAAUGAGGAGAAAGGGAGCUUCCUGAGACCAAAAAAAUCAGAUUUUAAUUGAGUAUUGAUACAAAAUGGUCUGCCAGCAGACCUUAGCUUCACAUUUGUUGGAGAUCUUUAUGUUUGUAUGGUUUUAUUAUCAGGAGAGUCAGUUCAGACUGAAAGCUGAUCCUGAUGGAUUUCACUUUGUCUCCAGUAGAUGAGGUUCCAAAGGGGAUGUUCAUCACAUUUUUUGCACAAAAUCAGUUUUAGAUAACUCUGCCUGUUUGUCACCUACCAAAUGUGCUGGAGCUCAUUUGGUAGGUGACGGGUUGCUAGGUAGCAUUUAGUUACCUAGCAGUUACUUGUGGAAUACGACUUAACAAUAGGGAGGUUUUUUGAAAAGGCUCAUUUUCUAGACACCUUAAGCAUUUAGCUUGUUGCCAAAAAGAGGUUGGGUGUUUUUUAACUACUUGGCAGGUUUCCCCCCAGUGUGUUUUAAGCCUGGCGGGCCGCCUGGGUUUACUUCUGCCCCCACCAGGCUAAGUAUUGCUUGUGUAUUUAAUUUUUUUUAUGUUUGCAUUUUUUAAGACUUUAAACUUAAAAAAUGCAAACAUUUUUAAGUUUAAAGGUAUUAGUCUUGGUGUUCAGGUAUUAAUCUUCCAGUUUUUCAAUAACACAUAAUUAUCAAGCGAUAUUUUCAAAUUUCCUGUCAGCUUUAAACAUUUUCAACUGAAAAGCACGAGCCGCUGAUUGAAUGACUGCCCUUGCACCCAACCACCGGGCUGAGAAAGUUUUCUGGGGGAAAAACCUUGCACUUUGGUUGUUUUUAAAAUUAGUUGAGACCCAAAUGGAAGCAUAAGCAUAGAAUAAUUGUGACAAACUCUUCAGAUUUUGUAAAAUCCCAGAAGGUUCCUCAUAUUCCACUCCAUCAAGUGUUAACAGGAACCUUCAGAAAAAUAAAUAAAACCUCUGAGGGUUGGUCUAUGUAAAAAAAUAAAAAAUUGUGAAUAUUUCAGGUUGUGUGAUCACUGUUUUUUGUUCAUCACAGCCUGAUGCAUACUCUCCUCCUUGUGAUAAUGAGCUGAGACAAGUGUUGAGUAAUGUUGAACUGUAUUUUAUGUUGAUUAUUUGGUUGUUAUCGCUGCAGAAACACAAAGCAGAGAAGAUUCUGUUUUCCUAGUAAUCUUGUUUCUGUAUUUUCUGUGGAACAACACAGCUUUGCUCAAUGCAUAAAUAAAAACUGCACAAAAUAAAGUAGCUAAAUAUUU